AUGGCUAAAUAUACAGAAGAACAAUUAAUAGAACUUAAAUCCACGUCACAUGUUUCUCAACCAACAAUUUUACAAGCAUUUAAUGCAAUGAUUGAAGAAGUAAAACAACAUGCAUUAUUACAACAACAACAAUAUAUUCAAUCUCAACAAUCUCAAUCCUCAUCACAAUCUUCACAAACUCAAAAUAAAUGGAAUAAUGGAGAUACUUAUAUUGACGAAAGAGGUAAUGAACGAAGUUAUAAUCAUUUAAAUCGUAGAAGAAAUUCAAAUUCAAGAUCAAAUAAUGGAACUUCCAUACCUAGUAGUAGCAGCAGCACUACUAGUCAACAACAACAACCUUUUAUUGGUUCAAAUAUAGGUAAUUUACAACAACAAAGAUAUAAUAAAAAAAAAAUUGAAAUUAAAAAAGAUGAAGAUGGUUGGGAAAGUUUUACAACGAACUCCAAUUCUACUAGUAAUCAAGAUCAAGAUUUAGAAAAGAAAGAUAACUCAAAUACUUUAAGUGGUUCUGGUGCUAGUGUUGGAAUUAGAGCAAGACCAAAUAAUAAAAAUUUAGGUUCUUCAAAAGCUGUUGAUCCAAGAGAAAUUAUAAGUGAUAAACAAACUAGAUCUUUUAAUGCUUUUGAAGCUUUAGAUGAUAAUGAUGAUGAUGAUGAUGAUAGUGAAGAGGAGGAAGAUUGA